ACUAGAUCUUUUUUUGCGGCGUUGAUGUGGAGCAGUUUCGCUUUCUAUUCCCCUUUAUCUUAAAGGGUUUCCGUUUCGUCUUACCUUUUCGGUGUCUGCGCCCGUUCGUACCAGCUAGCCACUGCCACGCCCUCGUCAAAAUGAGGAGCUCAGUAGGGCAGUCUCGUCUGCCGCUCAAGUUUUUCCUUGCGCCGUUCUCGGUGAAAAAUUCGGUUUUCGCCCUCUUUUUCGUGUUCGCUCUUGUCUGCGUCUCCGGUCUGUCUUGGGAAGAUGCUGAGGACGGCGCAGCGUGGGACUCAGUCUCGAACGAUUCGGACGACAGCUUCGCGAAAGGGUCUGACUUCGGGGAAGUCAAGUUGGGCAGCGCAGGCCAACGGCAGCUCCUCAGUCAGCUCCAGAACGAGUUGGGCGGUGAAUUCGAGGACGCAGACGUGAGUAUGCUCCAGAGGGAUCACGGAAUCCACGGAGAGGAAGCCGGUUUGUUCCGCAAGGCUGUUCCGGGCUUGGACGACCCAGCUGAAGACGAUGAAGCCGACGGCGAAAGUGCCUCGGAUGAGGCAGAAGCCGACUCUGACGUCUUGGCGGACGACGAAGAAGGGACAUCCCUCAUCGAAAAUGCGAGUGAGGAAGACACAGACAACUCCGAGGCAGACAGUCAACAGGAGGAUGACAGUGUGGGAGAGGAUUCCUUUCUCCAGCAGGAGGGCGAGGACUCCGAGGAAGAAAGAGCAGUCGAGGACCCGUAUGCUGCCGCCGAACCCUCUUAUCUUGAAGAGGACAACACUGUUGACGACAGCGCGGCGGAGGAUUAUGCCCCUGCUUCGUUUGUCCAGAUCGGCAGUGGAGAGAGAAAAAUCCGGGCGCACAUGCAUCUUGACAGCCGCCAAGUUGCCCCCGAAAGAUUCGCGCAUGCGUUCAACCAGGAUCAUGUCAGACUUCUGGACCAGACCGCCGUCGAGGACGAACUUCUCGAUGAGGCCGCCCCGGGCGGAGGCGCGAGCGCCGUAGUCUCCCCCAUCGACGAAAACCCUGCAGAGAUGGAAAGCACCAUCUCCGAGGGCGAAGCAGGUUCUGCGGUGGCGGCUCCUGAACAAGGUAUCCAGCCAGAGGCAGAAUUUGCUACCGCCAGCGAAGAACCACGUCCCCUGGAACCUGUCGACCCCGAAAUGGCAGCUCAGCAGCCGCAACUGCCUCAAGAAGCUAUGCCAACUGAGAAUGCGGACCUUCUUGGAAACCAGCCCAGAAUGCGCAAUGCUCUCGAACCCUCUGCCAAGGUCCUCGAACCGGAAACCCUGGAAGGGUCACCUGCUCUCGUCCCGCCGGCAGAGACUGAAGAGGGGACAGCCGCCCAAAUUGCGGAGGAAAUGAGCAAGCAGGAUCAGGGCAUGCAGGAAGCCAGGCCUCAAGAAGUUCUCACACGACACACCUGGCAAGAUAUGGAGAGAACUGAGGACCUACGAAAGAACGACGUCCCGGCUGCAGUGGCGAAUUCCGGCAGCCAGAUCAUCACGGCUGCGUCGUCCGUCGCCCUUGCUGGUCUACUGGUCGCAGGACAGCUUUUGUUCAGCGUGGGCAUGUACUGAGAAUAAUAUUCUUGCUUCGUGGAAUAUUGUUGCUACCUGAAAGUUAAACUAUUUUCGCUGUGAAUGUGGGGGGGGUUCGCCGACUGUGUUCCCGCCCAACAUUCGUGGUUAAUGAGUUUUGUCCCAUCGUGCAUUGCGACGCUCAACCACACUUCUAUUUUGGGGGGGCAUCUUAGGUAAUAUGCUAAGGUUAUUUUCUGCGUCGCUGAACUCUGGUCUUGCAAAAGAAGCUAACUCUUUUCCGGCAUAACUUCGUUUUUGGUGUCAAAAGUACGCCAUUGCGUGAGACGGCACGAAAGUCUCCCGAGAAAGUCCCGCUACUCGGCGAAUUGCUACUCAAGCGAUAACGGUGGAACGUCUAUCUGAACCACAGACUAGUCGUCUUUUUGUACCCCAUAUCAAAUUGUGGUUACGCGUUAAGACGUUCUGAGGUCGCUCCUUGCAGAUUUCUCCUCACGUUUUGUGUCU